AUGGAAAGCACCGUUGUUGUUCGACAGCAGCGAACAGUGACAGAUGCUACUGAUACGCCAUUGCCGAAAGUGGGAUGGCUUCUGCUGGCGCUUUCGGGAAUUAUGGACGUCAGACCUGGCAGACUCUGGCAAGUGCUUUCGCAUUGGCAUGUGGUCGAUGCCUCUUUGCUGGCAGCGGCACUCUGCUACCUGGGUGCCUACUCCAAUCUUCAUCAUUUCCCUGCCAUCACAACGGCAUGUUACCUUUUGGGUGCCAUGAUUGCCAUUUUGGGUGUGCGGCAUGCAGGGAUUACUGCCAUGAUCGGUCCUUACGAGCGGCGUCUGGAUGAAUAUGCUGCGGAUUAUGGCUUCACGGAGGAUUGGCGGCAAUUGUCGAGGUAUCGGCUAGCAGAGGUGUUGGUGUUUUGGUGUCUGAUGAUGGCCUGCCGCAUCCUCGCCGCCCUCUUGUCCUCCGAGGAGAUUUUCGGCGCCGUUCCACUGUCAUCUUUCGGCAUGGGCAUGGUGGUUUUGGUGGCCCACCUAUUGAUGUCAUUGCGGCUCUCGGCGGUGUGCUACGCCCAUUUCCACGUCUGCUCUGGGCUUGAGCUUGCGAUCGACAACUUCUGCUUGCGUUUGUUCAAAGAUCAAGACAUGGAGGGGGCAUUGAGCGAGUGGAAUGUACUGUCUGCAACUCUCAGGCAAGCUUCUCAGAAGACAUGCUGGUCGCUGCUGGCACUGGGCGCUGCGUGCACAGCAUCUCUUGUUCUGUUCGCCUCCCAGGUGGUGCAGAUGCCUCAAAUCCUUGGCAGUGCUUUCGACACCGCGCUGUGGCUUGGAUGGCUCUAUCCUCCGCUUCUGUUAUUCCUUUACGCUAUGUACCGAGCGGCGUCCGUCACAGAGAAGGCCAUGCGAGUGGCACCUCUGGUGAACUCCUGGGAGUUUGAACCCGCCGAGGAGAAUGGCGAAACAGUUGCCUUGGAUCCAGGAAGGCAGUACGUGGUUCAGUUCAUCAACCAAAGUGAGGCCGGUUUCUACGUCUUCGGAGUGCGGAUCUCUGCCUACAUGGUUCAAAAACUGGCCUACUAUUUCCUGGCGGUAACGGUCGGCCUGAUCGCCAAUCUGACACAGUGA